AUGACCGCAGCCGAAACGUCCGACCAACAAACCUCCGACCUCGAACACGGUCUGGACAUUUCCCUUUCCGGGGUCAACAUCAACCUCGACGACAGGAUGGCUUCGACCUUAGCGGCAUUGAAACCCUGGACGGCCGUGCCGCGGAAGCGGUAUCGACUGGUGGAUGCGACGUUGAUUGAUCCCAAGGUGAGUUGGAGAGAGAAGAGGAAAGAGGAAGAGGAAGAGAUAAAUUUGGGGCGGGUUUCUGGAUCUUGAUUUUCCGUUCUGAUAUCUAGAGCCGAAAAUGAGCAAGCAUUGGAUUCAGAGUUUGUGAGACUCUCCAAUGCAAUGCAUGCUGACAGACAAUAACACCGCUCUAUGACGGGGGAAAAAUUACAAAAUGCCUCGCCUCAUAUCCUAUGACAUUACAACAUCCGCUAACCUACAGCCCCAAUAACAGGACGGCAGCAUCCACACCCACGUGACAAUAGACCUCCACGACGGCCUCAUCCACCGCAUGACCAAACUCUCCUCCCAACCCUCCCCGGGCGACGAAGUCCUCUCCUGGACGCAGAAUUCCGAAAUCGCAAUCCUCAAUCUACAGGGCAAAUUCGUCAUCCCGGGCCUCAUCGAUUGCCACGUUCACCUCGGGACGCCGCCCGGCGAAGACGGUCUGAAGGAUACCAUGAACCAAGAUCCGGAGACCGCGCUGCUGCGACAACCCUUCCUGGCCCAUCAGAUUCUCAAGCGCGGAUUCACGACGAUACGGGAUUGUGGCGGUGCCGGGCUCGCCAUCAAGGAGGCGCUGAAUGAGGGCCUGUUUCCCGGCCCGCGCCUCUUUACUGCCGGACGCGCGAUUUCGCAGACGGGCGGGCAUGGCGAUAUGCGCUCGCACAAGGAGGCAGAAUAUGCGUGCUGUGGCGGCAACGUGCGCGGAUUGGGCAGGAUCGCGGACGGGGUGGAGCAGUGCCUACACGCCGCGCGCGAGGAACUCCGGCAGGGCGCCGAUUUCAUCAAGAUCAUGGUUUCCGGAGGAGUUGCCUCUCCCACUGACAAGCUGACCAAUCUACAAUACACGCCCGAGGAGAUUCGCGCCUUCUCCAAGGUGGCGAGCGACUCUGGCACCUGGGUGACGGCACAUGCAUACACACCCGCGGCCAUUCAAAACGCCGUCUCCAACGGUGUCAUGGGCAUCGAGCAUGGGAAUUUGAUCGAUGAGCCCACGGCCAAGCUAAUGGCGGAGAGGGGCGCCUUCUUGACACCGACGCUGGUCACCUACCAUACGAUGGCGUCCAGAGAGUUUGGCAAUUUCCUGCCACCAUCGAUUGCGGCCAAGAAUCUGCAAGUUCUGGACGCCGGAUUCCGCAGCAUUCAAAUCGCGGACCAAGCUGGUGUAACCAUGUGCUACGGCACAGACCUGUUGGGCCCGCUGCAAGUCAAGCAGACUGGCGAGUUCACCCUCCGAAAACAGGCCGGCCUCAGUGCAUUGAAGGUUCUGCAGAGCGCGACGAUCAACGCGGCGCGGAUGAUGCGGCAAGACGAGAAGCUCGGUCGGAUCAAAGAGGGCUUUGCGGCGGAUCUUCUGAUCCUCAACGCGAACCCCCUGGACGACAUACAGGUGCUAGAUCGGCCGGAAAGGCAUCUUUUGGCUGUGAUCAAGGACGGCAGAGUCCUGCACAGUCGUUGGUCCAAGUUACCACCAGAGAGCGAUCAGUUGCCCGUGCUCGAGUAG